AUGAGUCGUUUGAGUGGUCAACGAUUUCCUCUUGACUCUGAAUUGCUAAACAAGAUAUUGAACUCAAUGGACACAGAAUAUGAUCCCAUGGCAUUAAAAGCAGUUAUAUUUGCGGUGGCAGUCAAUCUUCUUUCCAAAGUUUUGACUGUAGCAGAUGAAAGCGAGAAUGUAUUUAAGGCAGCUGAAGACAUUGUGAAGCUCAGAACACGUAAGAGAAUUGAGAAUGUAGAAAAGAAGAUUCAGAACCUUAAAAAGAAAUUAGAUAAAUCACUACUUUCAGAAAGGUGGAAGUGCGAACUUGGAGUUGAAAAAGAUGCCUUAACAGAAAGGUUGGCUAAGUUAAAGGACUUAGAAAAAAAAAUGAAAGCGCUUCUUCUCAGAGGAAAGCACAGCAAAGAAAGCGCAACAUUGCUCAAGAUCUUGUGGCUACAAAUAGACUAAAAAAGAGAAAGUUAGGGCAGGGGCACCACAACUGCUGGAUUCAGAAAACGAAACCUUCAUAGCCAAGGCAAUUUCAACAAAGAGUACCUAUCACGGAAGACGGCAUGAAACUACACUAUAUACCAACAACAGGGUAAAGAAAAUAGACUUCCUUUCUCUCGCCAACUAUUCGCUCAUGAAACGUGGUAAAAAGCGUAUAAAAUCAGCAACAGUAGUAAAUCGGGGAAAGCCCAAAAAUGUGAGGUCUACUGCUGCCAAGUCACAUGUUGCAAAGUGGCUCUGGUGUACCAAGAAACCCCCGAAAACAGAAGACCAUGACACAGUGACCUCACAUCACCAGCGUGCUCAUUUUUUGAAUGCCACUGCAAGCUUACAAUGUUUUCUAAAAGUCAGAAAGAGCAUAGUCUUGUCGUCAGUAUGGACGAUAAGGCAUAUUUACGGCCUGGCACAGAUGUGGGAGCGAGAAAUACGAAAGCGGGUGUAAUAUAUGAGGUCUGUGAUCCCAAUGAGCAGAAGAAACUGCAGCAACACGAUUUUAACAAUCCUGAAGUAAAUCAGACUCCUGCAUCAUUUCGAUUGAUGAAGCAGCAUAUUGAAAAUAUCCAAGGUAAACAUGAAUUAAUAAGCGACCAAGAUCAAAGCCUGGUAAUCAUUCGUACAAAAUACUUCAGAUCACAGUGA